AUGCGCCGCAGCUCUCUCCACGGCCACUUGUCGGACCGCUUGCUGAGCUCCUCCCCCUCCAAGCCUAGCCUUUCUCCCCGCCUCCUCCCACCCAGGGUCCGCGUGGCGGAGCGCGCGCGCACUCCGGCCCGCGGAGGCGCGGGGACCGUCCGUAGCUGCAACCCUUCAGCUGCCCUCAGGGGAGAAAAGGGGAAAGGGAGGAGGCCGGGGCGGGAGGGAGGGCUGUCACCCUCGGACCCCGGUGUGAGAGGGGCCGUGCGGCCGGACGUCCUCGGGGUGGGCCUGUCGGCGGCCGGAGAGCUGGGGCUCAGGCCCUUCGGUCGCGAAUCUCCGGGCUCCCCUCGCUUCGCAGAUAUCCGGGCAUCAGCCCCCCGACCCCACAUAUCCAGGACCCGGGCCCCAGCCUCUUUAAACCUGGGGCUCUGUUUCAUAGGAUUUCAGAAACCUGGGUUCAGGCCCCGCGCGCACCGGUAUCCGGGGCUCAUUCCCCGCGCGAUCAGAUACCAGAUUCAGCUUCUUCGCCCAAGUAUCUGGGGUUCAGACCCCACAACCAGAAAUCCGGGAUUCAGCAACGGUCGCCCUCGAGGAGGAGGAGGACUGGACCGCGAGGUCAGAUCAGGUUGUCACCCCCUCCCCUCCAGGGGAGGCUUCCCGGGCCCGCCCCUCAGGAAGGGCGGAAGCCGAGGAAGAGGUGGCAAGGGGAGAGGUCUCCUUGCCCCUCUCCCAGCCGGGCAGAGCCGCUGGAGGACCCCGGGAGCAGGCGGAAGCGCUGGGGCACCAUAGUGACCCCUACCAGGUCAGGCCCCACUCUCAGGGCCCCCAGGGGCCAUCAUGCCAGCUGGGGGCCGGGCCGGGAGCCUGAAGGACCCCGAUGUGGCUGAGCUCUUCUUCAAGGAUGACCCUGAAAAGCUCUUCUCUGAUCUCCGGGAAAUC